GCAUCCACAAGAUGGCGCCGUUGUCUUGUUUUCUAAAGGAGGGCUAACCCGUUCACGUGACAUCCCGUAUAUAAACACACGGAACGCCAUUAAUGCUAAGAAAAAAAUACAUAUAAAAGACGGGAAAUCAGAGUGCUCCUCAACCAUGGAUUCGAAGCCUCGCCGGCUGCCUUUCACGGUCUCAAGCUCCUCUUCUCUCUCUCCAUCGUCCUUCUCGUCCUCGGCUCUGAGUGCCGGCCGGCUCUAUGGCAGAGGGAGCGUGUUGGGGAGCGAGCGCUUCAGCAGGGGCGCCGUGGGAAAGCUAGACUCUGACUACCAGAGCCCUCGUAUCCCAGGAUCCAGCAGGGAUUAUAGCUUGUCUGAGAGCUGCCACUCCAGAUGGAAGACGUCCAUGCCCCUCUCUUCCUCUUCCUCCACCCCGUCCUCCUCUUCAUCUACGCCGUGGACUGAGUCCUCUUAUGGAGGAAGAAGCAAACCUGUAAAUGUUGAGUCCGAGAGAGGAUUAGGUUCGUACUCCACUCUCCUCGGCUCAACUCAAGACGAUGAAUCCAAAAGAGCCAAGCUGUCUUACGCAAGUAGAUCGGCGUAUACCAGAACCCCGUCUACAUCUACACCCAGCAACACCUACUCAAACAUGGGUGGCAUUUCAGAUUCGUCAUGGUCUAAAUCCAGCUUUAGCCCUCUGUCCCGAUCCUCUUCAUCCUCUUGGUCAUCAGACGACGAUCUAUGGGCUCGCAGAGAUGUGGAGAAGAGGACUGACUCUGGCCUGUCUGGUCUGGGAGAGGCCAGCUACAGGCCCACGCCGUUGACCUCCUCACUGUAUCGCCCAGAGCGUGUGACCUCCACCUGUGCUCAGGGAGCUCGACCCAAAGAGAGCCUGUACUCUUCAUCUCGCAGGGAGAACAGCACCUCAUCCAGCCGCCGUCUUUCCUCUGACUUUGUCCCGUCCUCGCAAAGGCAGGUCUCUGACUACCAGCCCAGUCCCCGUCUCUCCCGAGAUUCAACGCGAAACUCCACCUAUGAGCCAUUGUCCCUCUCCUCCUGGAGCUUGCCCUAUUUCACGCCCCUAUCCACACGCAGCUCUAGCUCAACUUAUCCUGAUCCUGUGCCAAACCCCACCUCCGAGGGUGGCGACUCUGAUGGCAGAAGCACGACCCGUCGGCUUUUGUCCCGCCUCUUUUCUAGGCGCUCCAGCCAGGAAUCGAGCUCCGCCUCUGGUUCCAAUUCAGCCUCGAGAUCUUUUGACUCUGGGCCUGAGGAGGCACCCCCAUGCGAGCCCCCACUUGCAGCCAGAGAACGGGAAAACUCUGAGACGGAGCUGAGGAGCUCCUGGCUCAACUGGAACCGCUGCAACCCGCUGUUCUCCCGCCGAAGGAGAGAGGGACGAGACGAGAGCGCCCGCAUGGACGCACACUCGUCCACGCACAUCCCUCUUGGCAGCCCUGAUGAUGGGAGUAAAUCUUCCACUCAGGAACAGGAAGCAGAGGAGGAAGAGGAGGAUGAGGAAGAGGAUGAAGUGUCUGUGGGAGCAACAGCCGCUCCUCCAACCAGAGCCUCGGGACUCUCCUCCCUCUUGCAGGAAGCUACACGUGUCCCCGGGCGGAGCCCUGGCGUCACCCGGGUGAUGACUGGUCCUCUGUUCCGCAUGCCCCAGAACGUGAUUAUAGGAAUGGAUGCAGCGGUGGCUGGACAGAAUCAGGCUGAGGCGCAAGGGAAAGAGAAACCUGCCCCUUCUAGAGAUCCAGAGAGGCUUCGGAAGAUUCAGGAGAGCCUGCUGCUAGAGGACUCGGAUGAAGACGAAGGGGAUCUCUGCAGGAUCUGUCAGAUGGGAGAGACCUCCAGCUUGAACCCGCUCAUCGAGCCGUGCAGGUGUACAGGCAGCCUGCAGUACGUUCACCAAGACUGCAUCAAGAAGUGGCUCCGCUCCAAAAUCAGCUCCGGCUCAACCCUGGAAGCAAUCACUACCUGUGAGCUGUGCAAAGAGAAGCUGCACCUGAACAUUGAGAACUUUGACAUUAAUGAACUCUACAGGUCUCAUGAGAGGUCGGAGUACGAGUUCAUCAGCUGUGGCCUGUACCUAGUGGUUCUGCUGCAUCUGUGUGAGCAGAGGUUCUCCGACGUGCUGGGUGCAGUCAAUGAAGCCGGGUUUUUCAACUUGGCGAGAACUCUUCACGAACACAUGGACAAUCUUGAAAACUCCUAUGCUGAAUCUGACGAAGAUGAUGGGCAGAACAGGCCGUCCAUCGACUUCGGUGACCUAGAGGAUGAAGAGGAGGAGUUUUAAUCGUAACCAGGAUCCGUCUCCUGUCCAGUGGCCGUGCAGCCAUUUGACUGGGCCCAGCAACGGCACCAUUUAAAAAUAAAUAAAUAAAAUAAAUAAAAAAUACUGUCCGCAGCCCUAAAGGAGGGCUUUCACAAUAUGCAGGGGUGUGUUCACGCGUGUGUCUCACCUCCCCUUAGGAUUUUUGAUUGAGGAUUUACUUUUUUUUUUUUUUUUUUCUUUCUUCUUUUUCUUUCUUCUUUUCUUUGUUUUUAGGUUUUGCAUCUGAAAUUUGCAGAGCACAUUAUAAAGCUUUAUUGAGUGACUAAGUGAAGGACUUUAAGGCUUGUUUGCGUGCGAGCACACCAAACUGGGCUGCAGGUGGAGUGGCGGGCGAAGGUGGCUGAUGGUUAGCAAGGCAAAUCUAACCCUGUGUAGGUGUGUUUUAAGGUGAUCAAUUUGAAUUUAACGUCAAAGCUGGUUGGAAAAAUAAAUGACCCGUUUUAAUUUCUGUGUUCAUUUUUUUCAUGUGAUAUGGAUUUGCUUUGAAGUGAGUUUCGAUCGAAGAGUAUGAGCGCAUGGUUGGCUGUUCCGUUGUCUGUCUAAUCGUUGCUUUUUAAACAAUGUAAUAUUUGUCCUGCUUACACACUUUUCUCGAUUAUUACAAUAAAUGUUUUUGAUGUACGGAAAUGCA